AUGUUUGUGGCAAGAAGCCGGGCAGCAUGGUGUCCACUGGCUCGUGCGUUUCGGCCUGCCCUCCAAAACGGCUGCCACUUUCCAAUCCGCCAGGCUCCCAACGCUCCCAAUGCUCCGAAUGCGCUGAGAUCGGAGCCGCAUCGGUCGUUCAGCUCGGCAUGGCUAGUGUCGCAGAGUGCUAGCUGGCGACUCAGCCUGCGCACUCCAGCGACAAAUGCCAGACUAUGCUCUCAAAGGCCGUUCGCUUCAGUACACGACAUCCUCGCCAAUGGAGAUAUUCCUUUUCCGCGUGUUCGGGUGGUGGAUGAUUCCGGUUUAGUCGGAGACUAUUUCUUGGGAGAGGCUUUGGCCUUGGCGAAGCAGCGCCGGACAGACCUUGUUGUCUUGUCAGGGCAGGUGGAGCCCCCGCUCUGCCGCCUUGUGAACCUGCAUGUUUAUAUCGAUGAGGUCGAACGCCAAGCAGCCUCCAAGGAGCAGCAAAAGCGUGAGCAACGACUUCGGGAGUUCAGCUUCGACCCAGCGAUGCGAGUCAAAGGAAUGCGCUUCACUUCCCUGAUCGAUGAACACGACUUUGAGAGAAAACUCAAUCAAGUUCGAAAGUUUCUGGAAAAGGGCCACAGGGUGGAGGCUCGCAUUCUUCAGAGCCGUGGCAAGCCUGAAGAUGUCCUGGACAUAGCGCUGCGUAUCAUCGCUGAAAUACGCGACUUGGCCAAGCCCGAAUAUUUCGAGGAAAGUAUCCGCGAGCUCCAGAUGGCCAUCCACUCGCCCAAAAGUCUCAAGCGUGCCGGGCGCGCUCCACCCGACGAGCUGAGAAUGCGACUCUGGCCCUGCACUCCCGCCCAGGCCGCAGCCUUCCAGCUACCUGCUCACAUCAUCGGCCCACGACGACGCCGAGGAGCAGCGAUUGUUGGAGUCGAUGACGGGCCGCAAGACGAGUUUGCCUGGAAACUCAACCGAAGGCCUCGGCCACCACAUAGUUACCAAGAUCGGAGAAGCAACCUUCGAAGCCGGGCUCUGGAAUCAGACGACUGA